UCUAUAAAUUUUAUGUUCUAUGGUUAGGACACGUCAUUGGCUGAUGUCAAAUGAUAGAAUUUUACAAAUUUUUACUGAAAUUUGUUUAGAUUACUAAUCAAAAUCUUUUUACUGAGAACAAAAUGGAGGCAUUGUAUCAUCAAACUAAUAAAUUGAUACAGGAAACGCAGCACAUUUUCUCGCAACUCGAAAGAAAAUCAUCUAAUACAGAUCUGCAGGAGGUGCAGCAAGCUAUUGAGGACAAAAUAAGUCUUAUCAACAGUAAUUGCGAGCGACUCGACGUGCUAUGUCUCAAGGGUCCGGUGUCACAGAGGCAGAACUACAGGAUGAGAGUGGACCAGCUCAAGUACGACAGUCGUCAUCUCAGCGCUGCCCUGAACUCAUGGCACAAUCGCGUAAUACGACAACAGAGAGAAGAAGCGGAGAGAGAGGCUCUACUGGCCAGGAAAUUUACCACCAACGACCAUGUGGACAUUUUCAUUGAUCACACUGUACAGCAUAAUAACAGCUUACACAAUGCCAUUCAUGGCAUAGAUGAUAUGUUGCACCAGGGCAGCAACGUCCUAGAUAACUUGAGAUCUCAGAGAAUAACAUUGAAAGGAGCCCACAAACGCCUAAUAGACAUUGGCAAUACCUUGGGACUUUCCAAUACCACUAUGAGGCUGAUCGAGCAACGAACCAAGCAGGAUGGAUUUAUUUUAGUCUUUGGUAUGACCCUCACUUGCAUAGUUAUUCUUUUAGUGAUAGUUUAUCUCACUUAGACAUUCCAAAAAUUGUUAAAUAUAAUAUAUAUGUAUGUUAUAUCUGAGGUUAAUUGUAAUCAAUUGCUUGAUUUACAUACUUGUUAGUUUUUCUUACAUAAUACGAUUAUUAUAUGCUUAUUAAGAGAACAAUUAUAGGUUGCAAGAUAUUUAAAAUUAUUUGAUUAUUAUAUAUAUAUGUAAAUAUAGGUACCAAAAUAAAUGCAAUUUACAAGA